AUGUUCGCCCAUAAAGACAAAAAGCUCGCCACGCAGGAUCUAGACACGCCUGAGGGUGGCCCAUGUGAAACAUUUAGGUUCGCCGCACUGGACUUAGCCCGGAACUACCUGCACCUUUGGAGACAUCACCAGACAGGGGGCUUCCGAGUUCAGAACUCUCGGCCGAAGGACACAAGCAGACCACUGCAGUUUUCCAUCACGCAAUACCCGCGCACACCUUGCUCCUGCUACCUGAUAGAAUUCCGGGAGAGUAGGGGGAGAGCAAUGCAACUGUGUUCACUGCAGUGA